CACUCAUCGCUGCCAUUGGGCGUUGCUCCGUUGCUCAGAGAAAAAAAAUCUACCUCCCCUCGGUGGUUGCUGCCCACCGGAGCCGGAAAAGGAGGCGGCUUUCGCGAAGAAUGAAGGGCGGCGCCGGAGACGGGGCGGCCGAGGUGAACUGUGCAGGCGGCGGCGGCGGCGGAGAUCCCGGCGCCUACGCGGCGGUGCUCAAGUCGAAGCUCGACCUGUACUGCGCGGCCGUGGCUAAGUCCAUGGAAGCUAAAUUGGAAGAAUCUUCUUUGGGCUACCUCAAUUCACAAGCUUCAGACACUUCACAAUUGGUUUCUCAAGCUUCCUUUAAUGGUUAUGGAUCAACCAUAGCAACAAACUCCAAUGCCAUUCAUGAUAAUGACGAUCAAGGCAAACCAGCUAAUAGUGCUACAUCAAAGGAGCACUCGGAUGAUGACGGCGAUCUUGAGGAAAAUACAAACCCAGCUAAUGCAAAGCGGACAAAAAGAAUGCUGUCAAAUCGGGAAUCGGCCAGGAGGUCAAGAAAAAGGAAGCAAGCUCACCUAAAUGAUCUAGAAUCACAGGUUUCUGAGUUAAGAUCUGAGAAUGCAUGUCUGCAAAAGCGCCUAGCUGACAUGACUCAGAAAUACAAGCAAUCUACCACUGAAACUAGCAAUCUUCGAGCUGAUGUGAACACUAUGAGGAGAAAGGUGAAUAUAGCCGAGGAAGCUGUGAGGAGAGUAACUGGAAGAAGCCUUCUGUUGUUCACUACAUCUGAAACGCCUGCAAGCAGCACGCCCUUUUCUUCAGGUCUAUCUGAUGCAGCUUCUGCCCUCGUCGAAGAUGAUUGGGCAAAUUCCAGCCUCCCAGAUGAAGCAAUUCCUGUGUCGUGUCCGGCAAUGGCCUCGAUGCGGUGCGUCGCCAGCUUGGAGAACCUGCAGAAGAGAAUCCGUGCAGAUUCUGAGGCGGCAUCAACCUUGUCAGUUCCUGAAGCUGCUGCCAGUGACAAGCAGUACUAACAGCAGGUGCCAAGACUGCUCUGGAACAAGCUUGCUUGUCGUGCUGCUAAAUAUGGAAUAAUUAACUAUUUGUCGCUCUUAUACAUGGUAUUUAAUCAAUGUAUCUAUGACGUGUGGGUUUAGAUCCACGUAUCAUAGACACAUAGGAUGACAAAUGUGUAAACUAGUUACUGUGGCAGUGGCAAAAAGUUAAAUGCCAUAUAGUGUAUUAAGGUCCUUUUUUUUUGGGUAAUGGUCUAAUGGAGUUUAUGGCAUCAAUGUAUCUGGAUGCAUAGUUUUUGUACACUUAUGGGGAGGUUUUUUGUACACUAUGAUCUAGAUCAAUGGUAAAUAAUGUGUACCCAAGUUUUCCAAUU